UGUAAUGUCCAAUAAUGUUUCAGCAUCUUUGUUGACACAAGACUUGCAAGAAGUGAGAGGAGCAUAUAAAAGAGAGAAACGGUCUGCACCAGGCUAGUUUGGGUCAAAGAUGGCCAAGCUCAUUUUGCUUACCGGUCUGGCCCUCCUGCUGAACGCCCAAAUAGGCUCUGCCUAUGUGCUGUCAUGCUAUUUCACCAACUGGGCUCAGUACAGGCCUGGCUCAGGGCGCUUUACAGUCGACAACAUCGACCCAUGCCUCUGUGACCAUCUGAUCUAUGCCUUCGCUGGGAUGUCCAACAAUGAGAUCACAACCAUUGAGUGGAAUGAUGAGACCCUCUACAAAUCCUUCAAUGGGCUGAAAAAUCAGAAUGGAAACCUCAAGACCCUCCUGGCAAUUGGAGGAUGGAAUUUUGGGACAGCCAAGUUCUCCACAAUGGUUUCCACUCCUGAGAGUCAGACCUUCAUCAACUCUGUCAUCAAAUUCCUGCGCCAGUACCAGUUUGAUGGGCUGGACAUUGACUGGGAAUACCCUGGAACAAGGGGCAGCCCUGCUCAGGACAAAGGUCUCUUCACUGUCCUUGUUCAGGAAAUGCUGGCUGCCUUUGAGCAGGAAGCCAGCAGGUGAACAGCCCGUCUCAUGAUCACUGCUGCUGUUGCUGCAGGACUUUCCAACAUUCAGGCUGGCUACCAGAUUGCUGAGCUUGGAAAGUACCUGGACUACUUCCAUGUGAUGACUUAUGAUUUCCAUGGCUCUUGGGAUGGACAAACUGGGGAGAACAGCCCUCUGUACAGUGGCAAUAAUGCCUACCUCAGUGUUGAUUAUGCCAUGAACUAUUGGAAGAGCAAUGGUGCUCCAGCUGAGAAACUCCUGGUUGGGUUCCCAACCUACGGACAUAGCUUCAUCCUCAAGGAUCCUCAUUCCAUUACACUGCGUGCUUUGGGGCACCCGAAACAUCCGCCACUGGGCCCAGCUGGGCCCUUAACCAAUUGGAGCUGGCGUGUUUCUGGCUAACUCGUGGCAUCAUUUCCUGUUGACCUCUGGAGCUCUUACUUUCAGGCUUGGGAUGCUCCCCAGGAUGUGCCCUAUGCCUACAAGAGCACUGAAUGGGUUGGCUAUGACAACAUCAAGAGCUUCAACAUCAAGACUGACUGGCUGAAGAAGAACAACUAUGGUGGUGCUAUGGUUUGGUCCCUUGAUAUGGAUGACUUCACUGGCACUUUCUGUAAACAGGGCAAAUAUCCCCUGAUUACCACCCUGAAGAACGCUCUUGGACAGCAAAGCAGCAGCUGUGUGCCCCCAGCUCAGCCCAAUCCUCCCAUCACUGCAGCUCCCAGCACUGGAAGUGGAAGUGGAAGCGGGAGCUCAGGUAGCAAUACCGGUAGCUCAGGUGGGAGUGGAUUCUGUGCUGGCAAGGCCAAUGGCAUCUAUGCAGAUCCAACCAACAAGAGCAAAUUCUACAACUGCAAUAAUGGCGAAACCUUCACGCAGACGUGCCAGGCCGGUCUUGUCUUUGACUCCAGCUGCUCCUGCUGCAACUGGGCAUGAAGACAACAAUUCUGUUACAGCAAACACACUCCUCUGAUCUAAUUGUAUGGAAUAAUGAUGAUAAAUAAAGUGUUCUGCAAAUGUAACAAUG